GGCAGCGGAGGAUAAAUAUGGCUGCGCAGGGGUUAGUUAGGCUGAGUUAGUUCUGUCACCAGGUCUGCAGUUCCCGGCCUCUCAGGGAGAUAAAAUUUCAGGGGUGGAGGUGAGGUGGAGGAACCCACCAUACAUCUCCACACCCUUGCAGAAUUUCAGUCUGGGGUCCGGGCACCCUACAGCACCCCCUCUGUAAUCCUCUGAGCUCCCACCCUCACUCGUGUCUCUGGGAGGCUCUGAGGCAAAGGGGGGUGGCCCCCGUGGGGUGGGGUGGGGUGGGGUUGAGACACUGGCCAUAGAGCCACCUGUGUGACACACAGGAGCUCGGCUAUAUACCCUCUGCCAGCCAGGCCAAGGGAGAGAAGAUCCAGGGACCCGCCUUGCCCGCACUGCCUCUUGUGAUAGGAGAGAGUCAUGAACCCCGAGUCUCUGCUCCCCUAUCACACAGCCCACAGCCGCUCCGCCGUGGGCAUGUUCAACACGGCCAUGGGGAAACUACAGCGACACCUGCACAAGGGGGAGUACGACAUCUUCAAGUACGCGCCUAUAUUUGAGAGCGACUUUAUCCACAUCACCAAAAGGGGAGAAGUAAUCGAUGUGCACAACCGGGUCAGAAUGGUGACCAUGGGCAUCGCGUCCACCAGCCCCAUCCUCCCGCUACCGGACGUCAUGCUGCUGGCCCGACCGGCCACCGGCUGUGAAGAGCAUGGCGGGCGUGGCCAGGCCACCAAGGGAAAAGGCCGCAAGGCUACCAAGACCUUAGAGCUCACCAGGCUCCUUCCCUUGAAGUUCGUGAGGAUCUCCAUUCACGACCGCGAGAAACAACAGCUGCGCCUCAAGUUCGCCACCGGCCGCUCGUGCUACCUGCAGCUGUGCCCCGCUCUGGACGCACGGGAAGACCUCUUCACCUACUGGGAAAAGCUCGUGUACCUCCUGCGACCACCAGUGGACAGCAACAGCAGUACGUACGCCCUCCCAGCGGAGGACAUGCUUUGCAUGCCUGUGUUUGAGGAAGAGAAGAGGAGCCCAGCAGGGGCGGAUUUCCAAGGAAAGGGCUAUCAGGACCAGGUCAGCAUCAGGAGCCUCCACGUGGUCUCCGAGGUGGCCGGGGCCACCUCUGCAGCUUUUGCAGGUGGGGAGGGGACCCGUCAGGCCUCCCACAAACCCGAUGCAGCCGCCGCCACCCCAAAACCUGCAGAGCUCCACAGGGAGUCGGCGGCAGAGCCACACGUAGAGCUGGCGGCAGCCGUGGCAGCGCGGGAGGCGGCGGGGGCGGCAGCGGUGGUGACAGGAGGGACGGCCGCGGGGUUCGCAGCAGGGAUCGCAGCAGGGAUCGCAGCGGACACCGCGGCAGGCGCUCUGAGCGUGGCCUUGACCAAGUCAGCCGCCCCGGAUCGGCUAGGCGCGGCCGUAGCAGGUGCAGCCACCGCGGGGCCGGGAGGAAGCAGGACCAACCUAGCCAUUGCGGGCACCGCCAACCUCUCCCCGGAGAGCAGGAACGUGGCCUUGGCAGGUGCCGCGAAGAUCCCCGGGUUUACUUCCGGCUCGUCGACCAGCCUCUCCCAGCGGGCCGGCAGGACCCCGACCUUCGCAGGGACAGAGGGCGCCCGCAAGACUGUGGCGGGAAACGUGGAGAGAGCGCUCCUCUCCGACGCGCAGAGCGGAGGCGCGGAGGGUGAGCUGGCGGGAAGGCAGCCGCGCAAGGGCUGGAGGGAGCGCAGGGACAAGGAGCGAACCUUUCGGGGCUCCAGUCGCCGCAGGGCAGCCGACACGCGCCACAAGGCCGGGGGGGACAAGACCAACCGGAAACCCUCCGGGCGGUCCUUAGCCGGCCACAGAGCCGCGAGGGAGGACAAGGACAAGGCCCGCGGCAGCCCGGGGGGCGGGAGGCGAGCCCCCCACAAAGGUAUCGGCCACACGCCCAUCCCCAAGGAGUCCAGGGCCUCCCACAAAUCGGGGCGGAGCUUAUCCACCGCCAGCUCGGGGUUAGCCACCAAGAGGCUGGGCAGGAUCGGGUUGUUCCUGAGGAACGUCAAAGCCAACCUUACUACCAGGACUACGGGCUCCCUACGCGGCAGAGACGUGGGCGUGCUGCCUAAGGCGGUGCACAGGAGAGGGCUGGAGGCCAUCGAGGCCUCGGAGAACUGCCAGGGCCUGGAGAGCGCGGGGAGAGGGACAUCUGACAUUAUAGAGACAGUGACCUUUGAAGCCCCUUAGUAGGGCUUUCCUCACAGCAGUUUAAAUAAAGAACCAUAUAAUCUGAGAAUGACAUGCUGCGUUCUGUCGGAAUUUCUAGGUCCUGCAGCCCAGUAGUGACCUCACACUACUGUGAGGUCAGGAGGGGUCCGGUCUGAGACCCUGGGGUGGGGUCAAGGGCAGCCCCCACCUCACACUGCUGCUCAGAGCCCAAGGAGUGCUUCAUCUUGCCUCAAGGCCCAUCUGGCUUGUUCCUGAGGGCCACGGCUGAAAGUCAAACUAUGGCCUGGAAAGCUCUUCCUUUUCUUCCAUCCUUUCUCUAUAAACAGCCCUUCCCCCUUGCAGGUCCACAGACCCAGCAAGAACAGGACUCCCAUACCCUCAGGCCAGUCAGUGGAGGGUACCAGGGCAGAGCUGCAAACAGUCUCCAGGGUCUAUUCCAAUUCCAAGGGAGAAAUUGGUUCUAAGACGAUAAAAGCACUGAGGCUCAGAAAAGUUGGAACUUUUGUAGAACAGUGAUCCAUCGGCCCACCCCCGACCCCACUUCUGUAUGCAAAGCAUUCUCAACGCUAUGUUCCAAAACACUCUGCACCAAAUGGACUGGAUUAAGGGGAGGGAGGGAUGAGAGCUGGGGAGACUCCUGACUGUGACCCGGUUUUGGGAUAUCCGUGAGCCCACAGUCCUCAGCUGGCCUUAUCUCCAGAGUGUCCAGACCACCUUCGAGCUGUGUCCCCAACCUCUGCAUGACCUCCUGCCUGGGAUUCCGGGGACCAGUCCCUGCUGGGUCUGCCUCUCCCUACGACCCAUUCCUCUGGCAGCCACUAAUUAAAUGUUGGUAUGGAGAAACCA